AUGAUCACAGAUGUGCAGCUUGCCAUCUUUGCCAACAUGCUGGGCGUGUCGCUUGUCUUGCUUGUGGUCCUGUAUCACUACAUGACAGUAAAUGAUUCCAGGAAGCAGGAAUGA